AUGGAGUUAAAGCCAAAUGACUCGGAGCAAUCUGACACAGACUGGAUAGAGGAGAGGUUCCGCAUUGACAGGAAGAAACUGGAGACCAUGCUUUACGGUCCUAUAGAUGGAACAGGCUUGAGAGGAGAGGAGUUCUUCGAGAAGGUUAUGAGGGAAACUAAUACUCAGGUGAAAUGGCCAUCAAAACUGAAGAUUGGCGCUAAGUCCAAGAAAGAUCCACAUGUAAAAGUGGAAGGAAAGCGAGAUGACGUCCUGGAGGCCAAGCAGAAAAUUCUGGAAGUUCUAGAGACAAAGGUUAAUAAAGUCACCCUGAAGAUGGAUGUCACUCAUACUGAACACUCUCAUGUGAUCGGAAAAGGGGGAGGAAAUAUCAAAAAAGUCAUGGAGGAUUCUUCUUGUCACAUCCAUUUCCCGGAUUCUAAUCGCCACAGUGCAACUGGAGAGAAAAGCAACCAGGUGUCAAUUGCUGGACCGGUGCAGGGUGUUGAAUCAGCAAGAAGACACAUAAGAGAUCUGCAGCCUUUAGUUUUGACCUUUGACCUGCCGCUGACCCUGAUGGGUGGGGUUGUUACAGACGCGAGCUCACCACUGAUUCAGCAUGUAGCACAGACUUUUGGAGUGAGUGUGACAUUCAGAGCACAACCCAAACUCUACUGUUCCACCUGUGUGGUCCGAGGCCUGCAAGGAAACUGUGCUGCUGUGAAGAAGGCCACCUGCAUCUUGAUGGAGCUGCUCCUGGGCCAUGAGGCGCCGGUGGUUUCCGGGGUAACGGGUGUCAUGGUUAGCACUCAGCUGGAUGUGACGUCUCAGCAGCACCUCUUCCUGCUUGGCCAGAACGGAGCCAACUUCCUCAACGUCAUGCAUCAAACACACACACAGAUCGUACUGCCUGACCUCACCGCCCCUCAACACACACCCUCUCUUCUCAUCCAAGGCACUGCUGAUGGAGUGUGUCUCGCAAGACAACAACUCAUGGAGUGUCUGCCGGUGUGUCUCAUGUUCGAGAUGAAGGAUGAAGGUGAGUCCGACCCUCGCAAACUCGCACAGAUGAUGCAGAGUCUCGGAGUCUUCAUCAGUGUCAAACCAAAGGCUAAGCAGGCUGCUAAGUCUGUGGUGGUGAAGGGUUUGGAGAGAAACAUAGCCAAUCUGUAUGAGGCCAGAAGACUCUUGCUAGGCCUUGAGUCCUGUGAGGUCUCCAUGGCAACAAAGAACUCAUGUGAAGUUACUACAGUACCAAAGUGCACAACAGACCCCCUGCUGGCCAACAGUGGAAUUACAAACUACUGGCUCAACAUGCUAAUGCAGCAGCUGCAUGUCAUCGAGACAGGCAGUGUCACUACACCCGAUUCAGCUUCAAACCCCGCCCCUGUGAAGACACGCCCUUCUCCGCCACCUGGAUUGGCUGCUCCUGCAGACGAGGGCCGAAUGGGACUGAGGGGGACAGACACCAAAUUAGAGAAGAUCCCAGAGAACGAGGACCAGGUGACAAACACAGCUUGCACAGGAAUGCAGGCUCCAGAGGUCGCUGAGGUCAAAGAGGUUACUGUAAAGACUGCUGGAUCAGUCAGAAGAAACAGCCAUUCAGACGCUAUCAGUAGGUCUGUAAGGAUGGAGCUGGAUGGUGUGUAUUUAAACAGAGACAGACGCUGUAGUCUUAGGAUCUUUCCCUCUCUGGAGUCAAACUCAAAUAAUGAGAAACAUGAGUAUGAGAGGAAGAAGCUUCUAGCAACUCAAGCCAUGCAGAAAAAGCCAAUAGUGACGGAGGUUCGGACCCCUACUGACACGUGGAGUGGUCUAGGUUUCUCCAAGUCGAUGCCUGCUGAGGCUGUUAAGGAGUUACGCAAUGUGAGCCGCCGCUGCUACAGAUCCUACCUCAAUAAUCAACAGCCCUGGAAUUCUCAAAGUAACAAGGAGAGAGUGUGUAAUGGCAGCGAUUCAGAGAACUGGCGAGAAAGACGAGGAUCUGCCUCAUCGUCACCUGUGUCUUCCUGCUCUUCAUCCUCGUCCUCCUCAUCCUCCUCCUCAUCAUCAUCAUUAUCUUCAUCAUCAUCCAUAAUGGUGUAUAAUUCUGGUUCAGGACGCACCAACACAGACAAAACAUCUGAUGCAUUCAUUAAUGGAAGCUACUUUGAAGCUGUAUCCAGAUCACUGAUUUGUGGAUCUCCCAGUCCUCCUCCUCCUCCUGCUCCUCACCCUAAAGAUGACCUCCUCGAGCUACUGAUUCAGCUGGGUCUGGAGAAAUAUACCACUGUUUUCCGGGAACAAGAGAUUGAUUUCCAAACGUUCCUGACUCUUUCUGAAGAGGAUCUGAAGGAAGUGGGUGUAUCCACAUUCGGGGCCAGGAGGAAGAUGCUGAUGGCUAUUUCUGAUUUGAAUAAAAGUAUGCUGAAAGUCCCUGAAGCUCCUGCAGUUAAACCUGGAUAUCUAGAAGGUGGAGCUAGUGGCCGCCUUCCACGAAUCAUGGACGAGGACGUGGCUGCGAAGAGUAACCGCUGGUGAAAGGGGACUGUCAGUAAACUGGACUGUAUUAUCCACACUACAGUGCUGUAGAGGCUGUGCUUCCUGACUAGUCAUGUGCCUCAGUGACCGUUGAAUGAGAAUUAAAUAAAGGACUGGCUAUUAAGAUUAAUUACAGACAGGCAGCAGAGUGGACAGAUGUGAUACAACUCUCAGAGGACAUGUGCGAGAAUAACUGACCUUCACUCUGGAUUCACUCUCUUACUAUUGCCAGCAUUUAAUAUGCAAACGCUUACUGUAUGGCCUUCUCUUUCUCUUAGUUUGUUACUUGUCUUUUACUUUCGUCUUAUCUUUUCUCACUCACUCUCUCACUCUCUCACUCUCUCUC